UAACAGUCCUGUGGACUCACCCUUCGGAUCUGCUGACGCUUCCUUUCAGCCUAGGUGCUUGGGGUGAGGUGCCAAAGGUUCCCUAUAAAGUGCUGGGGCUCCAGCUGUGUCCACUCGACCUCCAGCUCCUGCCCUGUCCUGACGAGAGGGACCCACCUGUGAUCACCAUGGUGAGGCUUGUUCUGCCCAACCCGGGCCUGGACGACCGAAUCCCCUCCCUGGAGCAACUGGAGGUCAUCGAGAAGGAGGAGGCCAGCUCGCGGCCCAAGUGGGACAACAAGGCCCAGUACAUGCUCACCUGCGUGGGCUUCUGCGUGGGCCUGGGCAACGUCUGGCGCUUCCCCUACUUGUGCCAGAGCCAUGGCGGAGGAGCAUUCAUGAUCCCGUUCCUCAUCCUGCUGGUUGUGGAGGGUGUUCCUUUGCUGUACCUGGAGUUUGCCAUCGGGCAGCGACUGCGCAAGGGCAGUGUGGGCGUCUGGAGCUCCAUCCACCCAGCCCUGAAGGGCAUAGGGAUCGCAUCCAUGUUCGUGUCCUUCAUGGUGGGCCUCUACUACAACACCAUCAUCGCCUGGGUCAUGUGGUACUUCUUCAACUCCUUCCAGGAUCCCCUUCCUUGGAGCACGUGCCCACUCAACGACAACCUGACAGGCUAUGUGGACGAGUGUACCCGCAGCUCUUCAGUGGACUACUACUGGUACCGAGAGACCCUCAACAUCUCCAACUCCAUCAGCAACUCGGGCUCUGUGCAGUGGUGGGUUCUGCUCUGCCUGACCUGUGCCUGGUGUGUCCUCUACGUAUGCACCAUCCGUGGCAUCGAGACCACCGGCAAGGCUGUGUACAUCACCUCGACGCUGCCCUAUGUCGUCCUGACCAUCUUCCUCAUUCGGGGACUGACGCUAAAGGGAGCCACCAAUGGUAUCGUCUUCCUCUUCACGCCCAACGUCACGGAGCUGGCCAACCCACUGACUUGGCUGGAUGCGGGGGCCCAGGUCUUCUACUCCUUCUCGUUGGCCUUCGGGGGCCUCAUCUCCUUCUCCAGCUACAACUCUGUCCACAACAACUGUGAGAUGGACUCGGUGAUCGUGUCCGUCAUCAACGGCUUCACAUCCAUGUACGCAGCCACCGUGGUCUACUCCAUCAUCGGCUUCCGUGCCACAGAACGCUAUGACACCUGCUUCAAUCAGAAUAUCCUGACGCUCAUCAACGGGUUCGACUUGCCCGAAGGCUCUGUCACCGAGAAGAACUUCGAGGAAGUACAGCAGUGGUACAAUGCCACUGACCCCGCAGCCUUCGCCCAGCUGCAGUUCCAGACCUGCGACAUGAACUCUUUCCUGUCAGAGGGCGUGGAGGGCACGGGGCUGGCGUUCAUUGUCUUCACGGAGGCCAUCACCAAGAUGCCCAUAUCCCCACUGUGGUCCGUGCUCUUCUUCAUCAUGCUCUUCUGCCUGGGCCUGUCCUCCAUGUUCGGGAACAUGGAGGGCGUGGUCGUGCCCCUGCAGGACCUCAAAGUCUUCCCCAAAAAGUGGCCCAAGGAGGUGCUCACAGGUCUCAUCUGCCUUGGGUCGUAUCUCAUCGCCUUCAUCUUCACGCUGAACUCCGGCCAGUACUGGCUCACCCUGUUGGACAGCUAUGCCGGCUCCAUCCCCCUGCUCAUCAUCGCCUUCUGCGAGAUGUUCGCUGUGGUCUACGUGUACGGCGUGGACAGGUUCAACAAGGACAUCGAGUUUAUGAUCGGCCACAAGCCCAACAUCUUCUGGCAAAUCACGUGGCGAGUGGUCAGCCCGCUGCUCAUGCUGGUCAUCUUCCUGUUCUUCUUCGUGAUCAACGUCAAUAAGGAGCUGAUAUACAGCGUCUGGGACCCUGCCUAUGAGGAAUUUCCCAAAUCUGAGAAGGUCCCAUACCCAAGCUGGGCAUAUGGCGUGGUGGUUAUCGUUGCUGGCGUGCCCUGCCUCAGCAUCCCUUGCUUUGCCAUCUACAAGCUCAUCAGGAACCGCUGCCAGAAGCAAGAAAGCCAGCAGGGGCUGGUCAGCACCAUGUCCACAGCCUCCAUAAAUGGGGACCUGAAGUACUGAGUGCCCCGCCCACGGCUGCAUGUGUGCAUGUACAGAUGCAUGUGUGAGCAUGUGCGUGUGCACAUGGGUAUAUGUAUAUAUAUACAUAAAUGCAUGUGUUCAUACAGGUAUGCACCUGUGUGAGUGUGCACAUAGAUGAGAGUAUGUAUAAUGCAUGUACGUACAUUAUAUGUAUAUGUGUACAUGUGUGUAAGUCACAUGCACAUGAGUAUGCGUGCACAUGUGAGUGUGUAUACAUGUGCUUCUGUGUAUGUGCCUAUAUGAUUUUGUGUACAUAUGCACGAGUGGUACACACGUGUCAGCACAUACAUAUAUAUGUAUAUGAAUACAUACAAAUGUGCAUGCGGGUAAGCAUGUGUACAUGUGUGCAUAAAUAUAUGUGUUGGUUCAUAUGUGUGUGUGCACAUGCUAGUUGUGUAUUUAUAAAUGUGUGGUUAUGUAUGUGGCAUGUAUAAUGUUCUCUGGGCAUGUCUGUGCACAUAUGUACACAUACAUGUUGUCCUGCAGCAUACAUGUCUCCCACGUGGGGCCCAGCUGUCCUCUUGGUUCCCUGUGUCACGGAUGUGGUGGGGCCUAUGCUCAGGUCCUGCCCUGCCUUCCAAGGGAAAGUCAGUCAAAAGCGACAGCAGGAGACGGGAAUGUGUUGCUGUCUUGGCUCCUUGGAACAGUCUUGUUGCCCCGCCCCGUCCCUUCGCUGUCCACCCUGUGACCUAGGAGCUCCUGCAGGAAUGUUGCAAUUUUACCCCGCCUGCAAGAGGCCUCAGGCCCCUAGGCCAGCGAGACCCAGCCGGCAGAGAGUCCCGAGUCUUGGCAACGUUCCAGCUUAAUAAAUAUUAACCCAUUUAAUUAUUGCUUCUGGCUGCCACAAAUAGAUGACAGUUAAAUAAAACUCAACUUGGCAUAAUUGAAGGCAGAAACACCCUUUGUGUUUUUUUAAGAGGACAUUAACUGUGUGAAUUUUUAGCCCGAUGUUGGAAAAGAUGGGUUAUAGGGUAACUCAGCUUGGUCACUGCGGUUGAGCACAGCUCCUAUGUCCUGAGCAAUGUCAGGGACCGUGAGCCCCUGCCAGACCGUCCACUUGGGGCUACUUAGUGAAGGGAAGGUCUCCGCCCCAUCAUGGAUGCAACAUUCAACCUCAGCCAAAGUCACUUGGCACUUGGGGUGUUUAUUUCAAUGAACUGGUCACUUCCAUUUCCCGUGGAAACAUCUGGAAGUUUAAGCUAAAGUGGACUUUUUGAGAGUUCUCUGGGCAGGUUCGGGAGAGCUGAGUGGAGGGUGGGACCUGCUGUCACAUCCCAUCCGUCCACGGGAGAUGCCCCACUGCACGCUCCCCUCUCCCAGCGCCUCCUGUGCAACAGCGACCACCGAUUUCAGCCCUGAAACCCGGCUGAAAACCUCCAAACACCUCGGCAUGUCUGCAGUCCUCUUACACGGCCAGUCACCUGACCACCAUGAUCUAUAGAAACCUCCAGAGGUGGAAUGGGAGGCCUGCUCACAGCUCUCCACCCCAGGCCACAUUAGUGCAUCCCUGCCCAGGAGGCCCACAGGCCCCACCACGCUCUGGUCUCCACCACCAGGUGCCACUGGCCUCUGUGGGACCUCACCUCCUUCUCUCCACAAAGUUCUGACCCUUGAUUGGGAAAUGCUCAUCAGCAUCCGGGGGUGCAGGAGAGGAGAGACUGGGUGGGCUAAUCCCAUCAGUUCCUGCCCCCUAUGAGUGCCUCAUUUUACA